UAUUGAUCAUCUCCAGGUCAUCUCUGCUGAACCACAUGGCCCGAGAACAUUCCUUCAGCAUCGGACUCCCGGACAACAUCGUGUUCUGCAACGAGUUCCUGGACACGCUGCAGAACAAACUGGACAAGUAGGAAUCAGACACGUUCCAAUGGGUUUGAUUAUUGAUUCAUCAUCUGUUCAAUAUCAGAAACUGAUCACAUCAUGAAUGACAGCUGAUGCUCUGCAGAUGUCAGUCUGCAGUGUUUGUACUGUGAGAAGACGUUCAGAGAUAAAACCACAUUGAAAGAUCACAUGAGGAAGAAAGCUCAUCGUCGCAUCAACGCCAGCAACAGCGAGUACGACCGCUUCUACAUCAUCAACUACCUGGAGCUGGGGAAGACGUGGGAGGAGGUGCAGAGCGAGGACGACCGCGAACUGGUCGACAACGAUGAUGACGAUGAUUGGUCGGACUGGCAGGCUCACCCCCCGUCGGCUGUGUGUCUGUUCUGUGAUGAUCAGUCGGAGACGAUGGAGCAGAUCUACACACACAUGAAGGACUCACACGACUUCGAUCUUCACAAGCUGAGGACAGAACUCAACCUCAGGUUCUACCAGCAGGUCAAACUGGUGAACUUCAUCCGGAGGCAGAUCCACCAGAGCCGCUGCUACGGCUGCGAGGGGAAGUUCCUCUCCAGAGCCGACGUGCUGCGCCACAUCGCGGCUGCAGGUCACGUGAUGAAGCUGCCAGACGUGUCCACCUGGGACCAGCCGCAGUAUUACUUCCCCACGUAUGAGAACGACGCCCUCUUGUGUUCGUUAUCUGACAGUGACGAGGCUGAAAGUGAGGAGACGAGUCACGGCGAGGACGUCCCGGUGAUCGCAGAGGACGUGUCCAACCUCAGAGCCCUGAGACAGACCAGCGUCCUCAACCAGCUGCUGAAGAAGAGAAGCUAGGACGAGGGACAGACAGCGGAGUGAAGACGUCUUCCUCUUUUCUUCUGGACUCUUCUUCACUCGCACUUUGUGAAAAGACAAACUGACCCGACGCAGCCGGAACGUGAACUUCAACACUUUACUUCACACAAAUGUUCAUUCAGUCAAUAAAGAGGAUGAUCGUCAUCAGAAGAACUUUAUUACUUUCAGUACAAAUAAUACUGGGACCAGUGGAACCAGUAAGUUUGUCUGUUUACAAACGAGAAUUCAGAACCAAACUAAAAGAGAUGAAUAUGAUUCUGUGUAAUAAACCGUGAGGUUGAAACCUG